UUGUCACCUACCCAUUGCAUUGCACGUGCACGCCAUCUAGCUCUAUCUGUCUUUCUUGCAUACCGGAGGGAAUUCAACUAGUGGCAAACCAUUACAUUACAUACCCAACUCAGAAAAUUAGAAAAUAAAUAAUAAACUGAAAUAUAGUACAAUCGUGAAUGUGUGAUUACAUUACCCACACUUAAUAAGAGACGAGUUUACAAUAGAAAUAUCACAAGAAAAUAGGAAGGAUGGGAAGUUGUUUGCCCCUCUUGGGCAUGUUACUGGCCGUUACCUCUUUGGCCACAAACAUGAUUAUAAGCAAAAUGGCCAUGUCCAAUGGCACCAGCAACUUCAUUUUAUCUGUCUACUCCAAUGCAUUGGCCACUUUCAUUCUCUUUCCUUGUGCCUUUCUCUUUCACAGGUCAAAACGGCCCCCUCUCACAUUCCCAAUACUUUGCAGGAUUUUCUUGCUUGCUUUGUGUGGGUCGGUAAAUUCUUGCUUAGCUGAUAUCAGUAGCUAUGCUGGCAUCAAAUAUAGCUCCCCAACACUUGGAACAGAGUUGUUGAAUCUUGUUCCUGGUUUCACUUAUAUUCUUGCCAUCAUUUUCAGGAUGGAAAAAUUCAGUUUGAGAAAAUCAAGUUGCAUUUCAAAGUUAUUGGGUACCAUUAUAUCUAUUUUCGGGGCGUCUAUUGUGACUCUCUACAAGGGUCCCGCAAUCAUAAAUAAGAUAUUAUUAACCUUGAAUUCUUCGUCAUCACAACAAAAUUGGGUUGUUGGAGGAAUUUUGCUCGCGAGUGCUGCUUUCUCAACUGCAUCAUGGUCUAUAGUUCAGACUUGGAUUCUUAAGGUAUACCCUGCAGAGAUGAUGAUAGUGGCCAUUUACUGCCUCUUUGUUACCAUGCAAUCUACAUUAGUUGGUUUGAUUGCCGAAAACGAUAUAACAGCUUGGAAACUUCAAACUCAGAUAGGAUUGCUUGCUGUGUUGUACGCGGGAAUCGUAAACAUAACAUUCCGGCUCUAUAUGAUGUCAUGGUGCCUCUCGAGGACGGGCCCACUUUUUGUGUCUCUAUUCAAUCCAUUGACCAUUGUUAUAUCAGUCGUCAUAGGCGUCUUAUUUUUCCAUGAAGUUCUCUAUUUCGGAAGUGUGGUUGGUGCCAUUAUACUAGUAAUCGGUUUCUAUGCUGUUAUUUGGGGUAAAGCCAAAGAAAGUGAAGAAGUAAUUUGUGUAGAAUCAAGAAGCCAUGAGGUCCCAUUAUUGCAAGAAGGUAUUGAACAAGCCUAAGAUGUCUUAGGAAAGUGUUGUUUGGCAUUUGUUCCGUUCAAUUUACCAUGAGUUGUAUGUAUAUAUAUGUUUCUCACUCAUCUGCUGAGAUAGGAUUUGUGAUAUGUGCCAAGUGUAUAUUGAUAUUGAUAAGUGAUACGAUAUUCUAGGGGUGCACAAAGUUCGGUUAAACCGAGCUGAACCGAAAACCGAUUUAUGCACAUAUCUAUACAUGUUUUUUAUUUAUACAUAUAAGUUAUAAAAGCAUUGAUUUGCUUCAACGAUUGAUGAUUUUCAAGCUUCAAUGACCCCUAAAAUGGCUCAAGCAUUAAUUUGCACUCAAGAUUGGCUUCGUCAUAGUCUAAGUCACGGUUCGGGUCCGAGAUCUUCUUUUGAGGAGAAUUUAGAAUUUAUUGAGAAGAUUAAACAAGGUGAUAAACAAUCUAUUUUUUGGUUCGAAAUAAAAUUAAAUUUUUGGUG